AUGUCGAAACCUCACAAGUUGUUGAGGAAUCUCCAAGAUAGUAAAAUCGAAGGCGACGACGAUCAAUUAAGCCCUUUCGCAUCACCAAAGACGGUGAUGUCUGACAUAUUACGACGAGGACGUUUGCGUCGUGGUGGUGGUGGUGGUGGUGCAAACGCCCUGUUCAAGUUGCAAGAACACCUUUCUCUCCGCAUGAUGUCGUCAAACCCACUCACUGUUCUGCCACAUGGUUAA